AUGGCAGAAGUCGCUCCUGCUCCAGCCGCCGCGCCGGCCAAAGCUCCCAAGAAGAAAGCGCUGCCCGGCCCAAGAAAGCCGGCCCCAGCGUCGGCGAGCUCAUCGUCAAGGCUCUUUCUGCAGUCCAAGGAGAGGAGCGGCGUGUCUCUCGCCGCUCUCAAGAAAGCCCUGGCUGCCGGCGGCUACGACGUGGAGAAGAACAAUUCCCGCGUCAAGCUCGCCGUCAAGAGCCUCGUGACGAAGGGCACCUGUGCAGACCAAAGGCACCGGUGCGUCAGCUCCUUCAAGCUCAACAAGAAGCAAGCCGAGGCCAAGAAGAAGCCGGCGAAGAAAGCAGCGACCAAACCAAGAAGGCGGCCGCCAAAAAGCCCGCCGCGCCAAGAAGCCCAAGAAGGUAGCGGCGAAGAAGCCCGCGGCCGCCAAGAAGUCGCCGAAAAAGCCAAGAAGGUAACGGCGAAGAAGCCCGCGGCCGCCAAGAAAGUCGCCAAGUCUCCCAAAAAAGCCAAGAAGCCGGCGGCCCGAAGAAGACGGCCAAGAGCCCGAAGAAAACAAAGGCGGUCAAGCCCAAAGCUGCCAAGCCCAAGACGGCGAAAAAGGCGGCUCCCAAGAAGAAGUCAACACAGCAACAAAGUUGACGUCCUAGGCAUGAACCAAGCAGACCGCCGCAACUACGGUGGCAAGCCCGCGAAGCAGACUGGCUACAAGGUGACUGCUCGUAAGAGCGCUCCGGCUCCUGGCAGGUGUCAAGAGCCUCACCCGUUACAGGGCCUGGCACCGUGGCUCUGA